AUGACAAUGAGGCGACUGCUGUUGGCAAAACUUGGUUUCAUCAGAGGCAGUGCUCACGUGCUAUGUUGUCUCCUCCUCUUUACCGGCCGCGUCACAGCAGGGCAGAGAGAAAACUUCACGGUUGUUGCAUCCCUGACAAGACCUGAGGAGAUAUACCUCCCAGGACGAGUCGGAGCAAGGUGCGAGCAGGCGCUGGUCAACUUUAGCAGGCCUCACAAGGAGCGAUGGAACGCAUCACUCGAGGACUUCUUGUCGCUGCUCCCGGCAAAAUUUUCAUCUCUCCGCGUAGGCGAAGUUUUCCCUGUGCUCAACGAGACCGCGGUCCUUGACCGAUGGCUCAGAAAGCUCCACCCAGGAGCGAAACAUGCUCGAUACCAUCCCCUCGACCCGCAGGUCAGACCGGAGGCUGGAGGGUACGGCAUUCUCAGAGCCAUCUCCAACGAGAGGAUGGAGUUUCUUUUCCGCAUCCAAGCAGAGUUCCUCCUGCAGCCAUCUCCCCCGCUCUUUGCAAUGCCCAGCAGGUUGGAUGGAACGCUUGUCAUGGAUAGCUCAGGACAGAAAAUUUUCUUCUUCGAUUUGUCUCUUCCGACUGUUCGCGCCUACAACCUACUGCUGGAGUGCGGGGAGCCCUUUGCUAAGCUGGGGAACAAGCUCGACGCUGCUCCGAGCUCCCCAGAUGCCCGAAGACUGACAGUAAAUCGUCUGAUCCUCAGGAGAGAUGCAAUCGACAAGGAGGGAGACAGAGAGGACGGGAACUGCGAGCUCUUGCAGGACAGCAACGAUCACGUUGCUGCUCGUUUGAACGGGGAGGAACUACCGGAUGAUGUGGAACCCCCAUUGAUGAGGAUGGACGACAGAGAUCAAGCUGAGAUCGCUGCAAGCAACGACGGAACUCCCGGAGGGGUUGAAGGAGGAGCUGCCAUGGCCAUGGCAGAUUUUCAGUUUUUCCCAGGAGUGAACUCAGAGGAGAGCCCAGCCGCGGACAUGACUCUGGACACUGCAGUGCAGGAGCUGAACUUCACGGAAAUGAGGAUCCAGUAUCGAUCGGAGCUAUACGAUCAGCAGGUGGCGAUCGAAUGGACCGCGUCGUUGCCUGUGGCAGACGCACAAGACAAACUUGCCGUCUCUCUGUACCCCUUCCUCGGUGCUGGCUACGACCAGGACUACAUGCAAGCCUUCGAGAGGGCAGGAAGCAGCAGGCGGCCGCUCUUGGCCGUCCUUUCUGAGACACCUGUCAUACUCCUGCUGAGGGAGAGGUUUGUCAAUACCUGGGUCCUCAAGAAAGAUCUAGAGGAUGACCUGAGCACGAACUCGGAGGGUUCCACCAUGCUACCCCGCAGGAUGCUAGCAAGGCGCCUCCUCGCCGCAUCGGACCAGCUUGCCCAGGUUGUCGUUCUCACGGCUGAUGAAUACGGAGAUUUCAGUUCGGAGCGGGCGGCGCUGACCUUGUACACAGAGACAGGCGCUAACGCCGCUAUGGACAGAACCGUGAGCGGUUUCAUGCAGUUUUUGCAGGACUGCCUGGACCAGCAUCACCAACAUAACCAGGCGGACAUUUGA